GUCGGAGGCCUGUGCCCUGAGCUCCUUAAGGGCGAAUCCUGCUCUUGGAAGCCCCCUGACCGCCCGUGACAAUGAAGGGUCAGAAAGGAGCCACCUUUUUCCCCAGUGUCUCUGGGUUGCUUCUGAUAUUAGGGCCUCUCUGCCCUGCUGCAGAGCUAUGUGAGCAGGAGUGGGGCUUGUGCUCUCGCUUGGGGGGCAGGCAGCAGCCUGGAACUCGUGUGUGCGUGGAAUUGCAGCUCCCCUGAUCCCUGGCUGGGGCCAACGGCAGCCGCUCUUGUUGCCCCUUUGCUGCACCAGAGAUCCUCCCGGCAGUCUUCAGACGUGUGCCCCUGAAAAGGGAGGAAGCUGGGCCUUGCCUCUAGCGGCUGCAGUGGGGCUUCUCUGUCUUCUCAGCUGCCUGGCUCAGGGGGCUUCCUACUCCUCUGGUAGGAGCAGGGCCGGGAUAGUGGGUUCUGGGGAGGGGCAGGGCCCCUCCCUGGCCGCCCUUAGCCUUUGCCACACCAAGUUAGUUGCAUGCAGGGAAGACAAGCAUCAUCUUUCUGCAGGAAGGUGGAAUUCAAGAUUUGCAGGGACAUUUCCUAAACCAUUUGUGAUCUUAAGUUUCUCUGUGUGUAUACAAGGAGAGAGAGAGACUUUUUUUCUCCAUUCCUUCAACCAGGGAGGAGUUCAAAGCUGGCCUGCAAAGACUGAUUGAGUGAUUUAAGCUGGCAGGAGAGGACUCCUUUCCGCUUUGAAAAAUGUGGAUGAAGAGAUGCUGGAAGUCUCAAUCAGGAUGAUUAAUAUUGCUGGAAUAACCUGGAGUGCUGGCGGAAGCCCCGAAGUCCCACCACAGUCUUCUCCAAACACUGGGGCUUGAGGACAGGUGCUUAUGGCAGCGGCGAUAUUGCGUUCAACCUCAACGUGUUCCAGUGCCCCCCAGCUCUAGCCCCCCCCAUAACAGCUGAGUUGUGCAUGUCCCAAUGGAGAUGAAGAGCGCCUUCCCGCAGGGAGCCCAAGUCAGACUAUGACAGCAUAUCGGCCUAUUCAUGAGGGCUGCGAUGUGGGGGGCCUGACCCUGAAAGGGGGCGAUUACUCCUCUCCGGGAUCCUGGGCCCAAAAUGGCUGCACCACACAUGCAGACGAUGCUUCUCCCUUGCGACCAGCCACAACAACCCCUGCCAUGCCAAAAAUGGGGGUGCGGGCCCGGAUUGCCGACUGGCCCCCCAAGAGAGAAGGGCUGAAGGAGCCAGCUGCCCCCAGCGCUGUUAAGGCUCCAGAGGCCCUCGCCUCUGCGCUGUGGGAAUUUCAGAAUGGGCAGCUGCCCAGUGAGGCCGCAGUCCCCUCGGGGCCAAAUGGUGCCCGGCGCCGGGCUCGGAGGAGGUCCCAGGACACCGAGUUCCAGGAUGGGUGGCCGCGGUCCCCUGGUCGGGGAUUCCUGGCGCUGAGGAACAGGAGCAGCAGUGAGGUCACACUCAGCGAGUGCGACUUGGAAGCCACGGCAGAGCCCCGGGGAGCCAGGCUUGCCGGCGGCCUGCCCCUCUUCCGCGAGUAUGGCAGCACGUCCUCUAUCAACGCGCAGGGCGUCUUGGAGCAAAGCUUCUAUGAGAUGCUGAAAGAGUUCCAGAGCGGGAAAGCGGCAGCAGGUCAGCGGCAGCAGCUGACGGACACGUUCAGGGGUACCAGGGCAGCGGCCAGAACUGAACCAGGGCUGCCCCUUCAUCCCAAGGAGAAGCCCCGCAAGAAGGGCCUCCGAGCAGAGGGCGGCGGAGGGGACUCCAUCUUCCGGAAGCUACGGAGCGGCAGGGCAGAGGGAGACUCCAGUCGGGCCCUGGGGGAGGCAGAGGAAGUGGGCAGGGGCUGGCUGUGCCAGAAGAGCUUGGCCCACUAUGAUGUCCAGAGCAUGCUCUUUGACCUCAAUGAGGUGGUGGCCAGGCGCGUCUGCGUGGCCCAGCGGAGGAACACCACUACGGGAGCUUCAGCGGCCUCUGCCGGCUCAGCAGCUGCAGUCUCAGCCACCUCCCGACCCUGCGGGUUGGCAGGCCUGGAGCCCCCCGGCGCCUUCUUCAGCCCUGAGGACCUGAACUCCAAAGAGAAUCUGGAGCACGAUCCGGGGGACAGCAACAGCAACGGCCUGCUGCUCAGCUGCCCUCACUUCCGCAACGAGAUUGGGGGUGAGCGGGAGCGCAACGUCAGUUUCUCUCCUGCCUCCCUGGGCAGCUAUGGGGAGGGGGCCUUUGCGGAGAUGGCGCCUGCCCCUUACUGCACAAACGCCAGCAUCUCCGUGCUAGAGAUGCCCCAGGAGCCGCAGCGCAGCGUCGGUCGGUUGAAGCACUACAGCCUCGAGCACGUGGACCUGGGGGCCCGUUACUACCGGGACUACUUCUAUGGCAAAGAACACUUCAACUACUUUGGGGUGGAUGAGAAGCUGGGCCCCGUGGCCGUAAGCAUCAGGCGUGAGAAGCUGGAGGACCAUCGGGACCAUGGGCCUCAGUACCAGUACAGGGUUAUCUUUCGCACCAGCGAGUUGACAACCCUCCGCGGUGCCAUCCUAGAAGAUGCAACACCCACCACCACCAAGCACGGCACUGUCCGUGGUCUCCCCCUGAAGGAUGUGCUGGAGCAUGUGGUCCCCGAGCUGAACAUUCACUGCCUUCGCCUGGCCCUGAGUGUGCCCCAAGUCUCUGAGCAGCUGCGGAAGCUGGAUGAGCAAGGGCUCUGCCGGAAGCACAAGGUGGGCAUCCUGUACUGCAAGGCCAACCAGAGCUCGGAAGAGGAGAUGUACAACAACGAGGAGGCCGGGCCUGCCUUCGAGGAGUUCUUGGCCCUGCUGGGAGAGAAGGUGUGCCUGAGGGGCUUCCGCAAGUAUGCCGCGCAGCUGGAUACCAAAACCGACUCCACAGGCACCCACUCCCUCUACACAACCUAUCAGGGCUACGAGAUCAUGUUCCACGUGUCCACGAUGCUCCCGUACACCCCCAACAACAGACAGCAGUUGCUCAGGAAGAGGCACAUUGGGAACGACAUCGUCACCAUCAUCUUCCAGGAGCCGGGGGCCUUGCCCUUCACCCCCCAGAACAUCCGCUCUCAUUUCCAGCAUGUCUUUGUCAUUGUCUGUGCCCAGAACCCCUGCACGGAGAAUGUCCGCUACAGCGUGGCAGUGACCCGCUCCAAAGACGUCCCCCUCUUUGGGCCGGCCAUCCCGAGUCAGGCCACCUUCCACAAGUCCGAUGUCUUCCGAGAUUUCCUGCUCGCCAAGGUGAUCAAUGCAGAGAACGCAGCCCAUAAGUCGGAUAAGUUCCACACCAUGGCCACUCGCACUCGGCAGGAGUACCUGAAGGACUUGGCGGAGAACUGCGUCACCAGCACCCCAAUUGACUCCACGGGGAAGUUCAACCUGAUCUCUCUUGCCUCUAAGAAGAAGGAGAAGACAAAAGCCCGGAUCGGGGCCGAGCAGUACAGUGCUGGGGCUGUUGUGUGGCGCGUCCUUGCGCAGGAUUACUCCCAGGGAGCGGAGAUGGAAUGCGUCCUGGGCAUCUCCAAUGAGCUUGUGGUCCUGUUGGACCUGGCUGCUAAGGAAGUGGUGUUCAACUGCUUUUGUGCAGAUGUGAUUGGCUGGACGCCGGACAGCUACAGCCUCAAAAUUUUCUAUGGACGUGGGGACCAUGUUUUUGUCCGUGCCCCAGAGAAUAAUCCAGAUGACAUUAAAGAGAUUGUGCAGCGGCUGAAGGUCGUGACCUCUGGUGCCGAGACGGUUGAGAUGACGCUCCGGAGGAAUGGGCUGGGGCAGCUGGGCUUCCACGUGAAGUUUGACGGGACGGUGGCCGAGGUGGAGGACUACGGCUUCGCCUGGCAGGCCGGCCUGCGGCAGGGCAGCCGGCUAGUGGAGAUCUGCAAGGUGGCUGUGGUAACACUCAGCCACGACCAGAUGAUCGACUGGCUGCGCACCUCUGUCACGGUGAAAGUGGUGGUCAUUCCUCCACAUGAGGAUGGCGUUCCACGCAGGGGAUGGGCUGAGUCCUUGAAGAUGAGCAUGAUGGAGCCCAGGGGGGAACCCGAAAGCCUGCUGGGGGGCUAUCGGCCUCCGUACCGCAGCAACUCAGCCUGGCAGUGGAGCGGCUCUGCCACCCACAGUUUCUCCCAGCCCUCCAAGUGGGCUGAGCAACCGGGGCCUGGCCAGUCCCAGUCCCUUACCAGGACCCCCAAGCAGAGCACCCUGACUCCUUACCGCCAGGCUCAACCCCUGCAUGGCAAAAGGCCCGCAAGCUUCCCAGAGACCCCCCGUGUGGUGUCAUCCUCCCAGAUCGGAGCAGAGAAGAUCCAGUCAUACCGGCAGCCCUCUGGCAGUUUCUCAAUGCCUGGUUCUUCAGGAGGAGCCUCCACCUGGUACAAGCCAUCUCCAGAAAGCGCUGUCCACAGAUACGUGCCACCCCCGCGGCCUCUGGGGCCUUUUGAGCCGCUCUGCCCCUCCGAGGCGACCUCCAACGGGGACCCCUCCUUGUCUGGCGGAGGGCUGGCAAGCCGGGAGAGCAUCAUGGAGAGGCCCAAGCCUGAGCUACUGUGGCACGUGCCAGGGCCCUCCAGAUUCUCAGUGGCUUCUGGGAACAAGCGGCUGAGCCAGUGGGAGCUGGCUGGCAAGGACUCCCCAGACCGGCCCCUCAAGGGUGAGGGGCAGAAUUCCAGCAGCAACACACUCUCCAGCAAUGCCUCCAGCGCCCACAGCGACGACCCAGCCGACCCCACCGAAAGCGUGCUAGACCCCUGGGCCAAAGGCGGGGCUUCCAGCGACAGCAGCAUUGACGCCAAUGGUGCCAUGUCUGCACGGCGGGACCGAGUGCCUGUCUCCUCACCCCUCUUUGGCCCCGCCUUCCCGGAAGGCCAUGGCAAGAGGACGGAGGCAGCCUGGCCCACAGGCUGCUUGGGCAGGCGGAGCUGGAAUUACUGUCCCAGGGCCUUUGGGAGAGGAGCCGGUGUCUCCGUGAGGGGGGGCAGCAGCAGCAGCAGCAAUCCGGAGCCCUUUUGGCAGGCCAGCCCCGGUGGCUCGAGGUCAACAUACCCCAUCCAGGUCUACAAGACUCCCCCAGCGGAUGCCUCCCGGGCUGCCCCCAGAUCACAGCUGAGCUCCUCACAGCUCUCAGCUUCUGUGCCCAAGUCCUUCUUUUCCAAGCAGAGCAGCCGGAGUGCCAAGGCCCUACCAGCUGGGUGGAAGAAGAGCCAGGACGCUUCAGCGAGGCCCGUCCCCUUCGCAGACCCCCCAAAAGUCGAAUAGCUGCGGUUUGGAGCACAGGCGGGAGGGGGCAGUGCUGAGCCGGGCUUUUGCCCUCUGCUGGGCCUCCCGUAGAGGCGGCUGCGGGCCAGUGUACAGCUGCCUUGGGCGUGACGAGAGAGAGGCCGAGGCUUCUGACCGAGGCGGAAGGGGUGGCCGCUGAUUGGGUCCAUGCCCGGCCCAGCAGCGUUACGGCGUGGAUGGUUCCGUGGCCAAUGCCUGCCAGUCGGGCGUUCUCCCAGGAGUGGGCGAUCUCAGGUGUUCUGUGGCAGCCUCAAGUUCCAGAGCAGGAGGAAGCUGGCCAGCCAGCCCAGCCCGGGCAGAAUCAGGGGCUGCCAAGCGUGGCUGCCUUCCGGGUUCCCUCUGCUCCUUUCUCGGCCUAGUCUGGGGGAAGCGCGGCUGCUGCUGGGGAGUGUCCGGGCCUUGGGGGCGUCUGCUGGAGUGGGGGAGCUUCGUUGUGUGGGGAGGGGGAGCUCACGACCUCCUCCU